GUCAAAGCAAACGAGGCCGCCGCGCGCCCCAGAUCACCGCCGCUGACCGCUGUAGAAGCGCGAAACUGCGUCAGCAACCAACCUGCAGCGCGGUCGCCUUCCCUCCGCGGCGGCGGCUUGCGAAACCGCUCCGCUGCGCCAAAAACAGUCUCGGCGCUGGCGCGGCCGCGCACAGCGCGUACGCGCGGGCGCCGCGCCGCGCCACGCCGUGGCGCGGCAGCGACGGUCCACGCGCUGUCCACACGCGCUGCGCGCCGCGCGCCGCGCGUUUGACGCGCCCACCGCGCCGCACCGGCACCAGAACGCACGCGCCACCCCACCGCAGGCACACACACACCACACACACAACGAAACAAGCAAGGAUGGCCGCCGCGACGGAAAUGGCCGUCGAACCCACCCAGAUGGAGGAGCACGCCGAGGACAUGGAGGCCGAGGAGGCCUAUUCCGCGUACUGCCACGUGUCCGAGCUCGAGCAGCACGGCAUCAACCGCAAGGACACCGAAAAAUUAGCGUCGGCCGGCUUCUGCACGGUCCAGUCCAUCGCCUACGCGACGCUCAAGUCGUUAUGUCAAGUGAAGGGCGUCUCGGACGCCAAGGCGCAAAAAUUAAGAGAGAUCGCUUAUAAAAUAGUGCCGUCGACCUUCACCACCGCAGCGGCGGAACUAGAGCAAAGGCAGAACAUGGUCCAGCUGUCGACGGGAUCGAAGGAGCUCGACAAGCUCCUCGAAGGUGGCAUCGAGACUGGAAGCUUAACGGAACUCUACGGCGAGUUCCGCACGGGCAAGACGCAGCUGUGUCACACGUUGUGUGUCACGGCGCAGCUCCCGCUCGAUCAGGGCGGCGGCGAGGGCAAGGCCAUGUACAUCGACACCGAAGGCACGUUCCGGCCGCAGCGAUUGGUAGCCAUCGCCGAGCGUUACGGCGUCGCGGCCGAGAUGGUUUUGGAGAACGUCGUGUACGCGCGAGCCCACAAUUCCGAACAGCAGAAAGAGCUACUCAAGCAGGCCUGUUCGCUCAUGAGCGAGGACCGCUUCUCAUUACUAGUUGUCGAUUCAGCAACGGCGCUCUACCGGACGGACUACAUGGGGAGAGGAGAGUUAAGUGAGCGCCAGAUGCAGCUCGCCCAGUUCCUGCGCGCGCUCACAAGGAUGAGUGCCGAGUUCGGCAUCGCGGUCGUGUUGACCAAUCAAGUGGUUGCGAAUCCGGAUGGGAUGUCCUUCGCCAAGGACGCGACGAAGCCCAUCGGGGGCAACAUCAUCGCCCACGCGUCGCACACGCGCCUGCAGCUCAAGAAGGCCCGGGGCGAGAACCGCGUGUGCAAGGUCAUCGACUCGCCGUCGAUUGCCGAGUCCGAGGCGUCGUUUUCCGUCGGGCCGGCGGGCGUCGAGGACGCCAAGGAAUGAGGCGUACCCAAGAUCAAGCAAGCUUCCUCCCCCCGUGAUAACUGAUUCUACGUAGUA